GCCGCGAGCCAGCGGGCGGGCGCCCGCGCCCCUGCCAAUCAUAAAAAGCCGUUAAAAAUUACUCGGCGGCGCGGAUGGCCGGCAGGGGUUUACCGUACGUUUUAUUAUGCUGCCGGUAAAAAUAGGCGGUGAAUAUAGAAGUGCGGUUUUGUUCACUUUAAAGGAGGUGGACCUUCGACGUGGAAACUGGCAGGAGGUGGGAAAGCAAGUUCCAGAAGGUUCUGCGAGAGAGCGCGCGGGCUGCUGUGUCAUUGGCGCGCGCGGGCAGGUGAAGGGAAGGCGGCGAACGGUCGUCCAUGGACCCGCAGAAACUCCGCGAUCUCAGCGCCUUUGUGCAGCUCUGCAAAGGCAGCCCGAGCGUGCUGCACAUGGGCGAGCUGCGCUUCUUCAAGGAGUGGCUGGAGAGUAUGGGAGCGACCAUUCCCCCACCAGCAGAACACCCAGAAUUCCCAGAGUCACCGAAGAAAACAAAUACAGAAGAGAAGGCACCACCACCUUCAUCUCCAGAGCCAGCUUCAGAAAGUGAGGAGAGUGAACUUGAAAUUGACAAUGAGGGUGUGAUUGAGCCAGACCCUGAAGAACCUCAUGAAAUGGGAGAUGAAACUAUUGAGGUGACUGAGGAAUUAAUGGAUCAGGCUAAUGAGAAGAAAGUAGAAGCCAUCAAUGCUUUGGGUGAAGGGAAUCUUGAAAAGGCAGUCGAAUACUUCACAGAGGCCAUUAAGUUGAACCCACGCCUGGCCAUUCUUUAUGCUAAGCGAGCCAGUGUGUAUGUGAAAAUGCAGAAACCCAAUGCAGCCAUUCGGGACUGUGACAAAGCUAUCAGUAUCAACCCUGAUUCUGCACAGCCUUACAAGUGGAGGGGGAAAGCACACAGGCUACUUGGUCACUGGGAGAAAGCAGCACUGGAUUUGGCAACAGCCUGUAAACUGGAUUAUGAUGAUGAUGCUAGUGCUAUGCUGAAGGAGGUGCAACCUCGAGCUCAAAAAAUAAUGGAGCACAGAAGAAAAUACGAAAGGAAAUCUGAAGAAAAAGCCAUCAAGGAGCGAAUGGAACGUGCAAGAAAAGCAAAAGAGGAACAUGAGAGAGCGCGCAAGGAGGAAGAGACUCGUCGUGCAGGAGCUGCUGGGUUUGGUGGUUUCCCAGGUGGUCCUGGUGGUUUUCCAGGAGGGAUGCCUGGAAUGGCGGGGAUGCCUGGAAUGGCAGGAAUGCCUGGUCUGAAUGAACUACUUGGUGAUCCAGAGGUGCUUGCAGCUAUGCAGGAUCCUGAGAUAAUGGCGGCAUUCCAAGAUGUGGCCCAGAACCCAGCCAACAUCUCAAAAUAUCAGAACAACCCUAAAGUGAUGAACUUCGUGGGAAAGCUUUCAACUAAGUUUGGUGCCAAACCUUGAGGGGCAGGAUGUUCUUAAAAAAAAACCUCCUAAUUACAACCCUUGCACCCCACCACUGUGCACCACCCGUGUAUCGAUAAACUUCCUUCAGAGUAGCCUGCUAUAUUUUUUAGUCUUUUUCUUACAAAUUGAUUUUUUUUUGUUUUUGGGGAAAUUAAACAGUUUAAGAGAAAAGUGCUCUUGCACAGAAAAUCUCAUGCUACUUGUCUGCAGUGGCCCAAAUUUGUAAACAGGGGCAUUUAAUUUGUUUUGGUUCCUUUCUUUUAGCACACCAAUUAAUGCUAAAAAUAAAUGAAUUAAAAUUGCAGAGCAGAAAACUUGAUGCAAACUUGUUGACCUGUUUCAAACAAAAGUUUCUUCAGGGAACAAGUUAAACCAAUGUCCAGGACCUCUUUGUUCUAACCAAUAUUGGUAGUGUGUAAGCUAACAUAUUCUGGUGUGGUAUGAGAGCCAAAGCAACAGACAUUUGUUGCACUAAAUUUUGCAUUUAAAAGCAAGUUCCCUAUAAUGCCAUUAGCAGGUUUGCGCUUUAGUACCUUUUGGUGAAAGUUUGUUACCCAGUCUGCUGCAUUAGCUAACUCAGUAAAGAUGCAUGUUGGGCUGGUAUAUGUGCCCUUGAAUCAAGGUGUGAAAUUGGCUUCUUGUUAUCCAGUGCUUCCUCCUGUAAAGGGCAAGUAUGAAUAUUAACAAAAGCUGGCUGGACUUUGCACUUUCUGGUCAAGUAGCUUACUGGGGCUUGUACAUUUAAAAGUAUAUAUUCUAUUAAAUAAAGUGAGCAGCAGCUUGGGAGAUGAACUGGAGGAAUGGUGAAUUCCUUUUUAUAUCAGUGGUUACUUGGAAGUGCUGUGGUUUCUGGGAAGCAGUGGGAGGUUACCAGUAUGGCAACUGUUUAGAUAUUUUUCUCCCCAUAAGGUAAAUACUAUUUGAAAACAAUGGGUGAAAAUCUUGGUGGAGAUAAGUAUGCAUGUAAAUAAUGGUCACUGACACUAUGUUCCCUGGCCUCUUUCAGAAGAUUAAAUUCAGGUGAUUCCAUUAUAUUGUAAAUCAUUUUCAAUUAGCAUCGAGCCCAAUGUUAAUUGAACAGACUGGUUCCUUUCUUCAAGUAUAAAGGUUCAUAAACCUACAGGUAAAAGGCACUAUAUUAACCCUCUCUAUUGGGGUGGGGAAAGAGUGAUUAGAAGGAAGAACAGGUGGACAAUUAUUAUGGGGGAAAAUUGGGUCCUGGUAAGGCAAGAGAAGAAAAAUGUAAGAUUUUAAAAUUGGUGAACAGACAGCUCUUUGAGUUAAAUAUUCUAACCCUGAUUUUCACCCUUCUUACUCCAAAAAAAAAAGUAAAUGAUAUUGAAUUACACUGGGUUUCUGAAGGACUCUAACCAUAUAAACAGUAGUUUCUGGUGUCCAUGUAAUCGUUUCAAACCCUUGUAACUAAUACAAUGUUAUUACAUUGGUAGGGGGAGGAGGAGAGAAGAUGAGGAAUGAAGUUUUUUUUUGUCUACACCUUCACCCUCUCCUCAUAAGUUGCAUGUGUUAAGCAGAGGUUGAAUUCAUGGAAAAAAUAAACUGGGAAUUUCUAAUAUCUCAUUUGAAAGGAUUGCCCUCAUCUAUGAUUUCUUCCCUACAUGAAUGAGAACAGAAGCAGAAAGUAGCAAAUGGAGACCUGUUCCUUUCCCACUCCCACCAGCACCCCCUUUUUAUUGAAAAGAAACAUAACCCAAACUGCAAUAAUCACAUUGUUUUCUUUAUAUAUUAAAAAAAAGUUGGUAGUGCUUUAAUGUCACUGGUUACUUUUCUGCACUGAUCUGGUGUAAAAAUGUACAGCAAUAAAUGUUCCCAUUGGU